AUGUCCAACAGCGAGAAUAAUGAAAAAAAUAGUGAUUUUUCAAGAAGACCAAAUCCAAAAGGAUGGACACCACCAAAAGCUCCAUACAAUCCAUACGAUCCAAAUGAUAUAAGACCAGCUGAAGGAUAUCCAUCUGAAUUUCAAAUACCAAAUCAAGAACCGAAAGGAUUUUCAUCAUUGCCAAAGAAACCCACACAAUACCAAAAGAUUAACGAAACAAUGACAAGACUAAACUAUACAGCAAGACCCAAAUCUAAUAUCUAUCCGAAUCAAUAUAAGGUAUUACGACAAGUUGAUACAAAUAAGAAUCUUCAUUUUGGAUCUAGAUGGUUUAGUAUAUUUAUAGGAGGAUCUAUUAUCAUUUAUGGUGUCUUUUUUCAAAGAUGGAAUAAUGGUAAAGAAAAUGUAUUUAGUGAUUUUUAUAGAUCACAAUUAAGAUUCAAAGAACGAAUGUUUGGGGGAUUAAAUGAAAUGGAAUAUGAUGAUUUGUAUCAUUCAAAUCAAUCUAAUACUGGAGGUAUUUUGAAGAAUGUUAAAGAUGCUCAAUAUAUCAAUGAAGAUAUUAGAAGAACUAAUGAAAAUGAUUUUGUGCUAAAUAGACCUAGUGAAAGGCAUAUUUUAGAAGCCCAGAGGAUACAACAAGAGAAUGAAGAAAGAAUGUUACGAGAGAUGGAUACUUCAAAGAAAUGA